GUUCGCUACACUCGUCAGGAAAUCUCCGUACAAAUCAUGUUUCCCUCUUUCCCUCUUCUCCGGACUACGCCGGAUGAAUUGGCCAAUUGUCUGAUGACAUAAUCACAGCUGUGCCAGACGCCACCCUCCGCAGCUGAUCUCUGCUCACCAUUUCGUCUUUCUUUUCCCUUCCUCGUCCAUCGCUCAUUCCUUUUAUAAUUCAAUCUUUAUCAAAUUCGUUAUCGUUAGUCGGUUGCCGUGAGUUCGUAUAGAUUACGUUCUUUCCGACGCUAGGGCAGAUCACCCUACCGGUUGAGAGGGUCUGUUCUAGAUUAGCCGACAAUCUAUUCCGCCGCGCCAUCGAAUCUAUAUCUCCAAAUUUCUACCUUUGCCGCUGUCUUACCUGAAUUCGUCUCAGCAUGUUCGGGGAAGUUUCCGAGGAUGGCUCUCGGAUAUAUGUACCUCCUGCGGUAGAGGUUGAAGGCCAGUCCGACGAUCCCGAUGCAACCGAUCUACUGGUACCCCGCGAUGUAGACACCGGUCAUACCGUCCUCCCUGUGUGGUUACGGGAGUCUUCCAAGUCUUUUCGCUGGGCAUGGGUCCCUUUACCGAUUCGCAAGGCGGCUCGCGCGACAGCUGAUUUCGUCAAGGGUCCGGACCCGCCAUACCCGCUUUUGUUGACACCGUUAUUUCCGCAUAUUCAAGAACUGCCACGCCGCUACUUGGACAAGUUCUUUCCGAAGCGCAAGCAUAAAAUAUCUCUCCUUUUACUCCUAUAUAUCGCAUGGUUCCUGCCGUGGACCAUCCUUUUCCUACUCUCUCGUUCUGCCGGUCACAUUGAAGGCUAUGGGCGACCUAUCACGCUGUCAUGCUCGACUACCUUCUGGUCGUCUGGAAAUGGGUGUGGACUGAAUGGAAACGAUUGCCGCCCAUUUACGGGCGAAGCAACCGCCUUUCGAUGCCCCGCCAACUGUCGAGACACGAAGAUUCUUGAAUCGUACACCAUUGGGAACGAAACGAUCAGCUAUAGGGGCCUUGUUGUCGGAGGGCCUCAGCCCGGAUCGGAUGAACCCGGCGUCUAUCGAGCAGACAGCUUUAUUUGUCAAGCCGCUAUCCAUGCAGGAGUCAUCGACAAUGACGGAGGUUGUGGUGUUGCUCGAUUAGAAGGAGCCGCGCAUUCAUUCCAUGCAUCGAAACGGAAUGGCAUCAAGUCUAUCGGGUUCCCGUCCACGUUCCCGAAAUCUUUCAGUUUCCUUAAGCCGUCGGAAGAUGCCACUUGCCCACAGGAUCCGCGGUGGCCUCUCCUGGGCAUCACUAUUGGCGCACUCGCUCUAUUGUGGCUCUUCUGCUCGUCGCCUGCAGUGCUAUUCUUCAGCACUUUCUUCAUGCUUUUCACUCAAGUGGGAUUGGUGUCUGAUCCACCACCUAGGGCUCAGUUGGCCGCGCUCAUGUCCGUAUUCGUCGCUCGUCUUCUUCCGGCGUCAUUCGUUGCCUAUGUUCUGUAUAGGUAUUGUGCACGACCACUUUUAGCACCGCUGUCGCCGCCCAUCUACCAGCUCACCAAAACCUUUCUUUAUUUACCUCCUGCGUUCGUUGGCGGCCUGAACAACUACACGUUCGCGAGAUUGAUUCCUCUUGAGCGCUUGACUCCCCAUGAUAUCCAGCAACAACCUGGUGCGAAGCUCGCAUUGGCCCUAGUGGUUCCGACCAUUAUCUGUAUUAUUGUGACCCAGACCCACCAUAUUCGUAUGGGUGGUCUGAUGCCACAUUAUCUCAAGGUUUACGGCACGAUGGCGCUCAUACUUUUGAUUCUCCUCCCACUUCCCGGACUUCGUCUACGUAUCCACCAUUACAUUCUCGCAAUCUUAUUGAUGUACGGGACGGCUUUUCCCACUCGACCCUCACUGAUUUACCAGGGAUUACUGCUUGGUUUAUUUAUCAACGGCAUCGCUAGAUGGGGUUUUGCUUCAAUUAUUGAAACGCCUGCUGCCUUGGGCGAACUAGCCCCGGGAGCUGGCGGAUCACACGGUUGGUGGGGAGCUACCUGGCCCAACAUAAAUAAUAGCUCUGUUACCAUAUCCCUACCUGACAGAGGCUCUGGCGAGCUUUAUCACGGCAACGGCAACAUCACAUUCUCACUAUGGGAAAAGGAACGCAUGGAUAAAUUAGGCGUGGACGGAGUGUCGGUCCUUGUGAACGACGUCGAACGCUGGCGUGGUUACGUGGACGAGGAUCCAGAAGGGGAAUUUACAUGGCAUCGUCACGGUCAUUCGGGUCUUGACCUCAAACAUCUCUCCACUAUUGACGACGACAUAUUUGCGUCCUCGGAGCUCGAAAUCAAACAAGCUGAUUCAAGCGACGAUGCGAAGCCGGAAACCCUCUUCUUCCGCUUCGCAUUCUUGAAUGGCGCCGAGGCGGGGACCUACGACUGUUGUGAUUGGAUAACCAAGCGUCAGCAGCGAUGGACCACGCAGAUCCUUUUCUCCAAGUCCAAGCGUAAGCUUCCACACCCAUCUCAUCCGGCUGCACCAGCUGAUAUCCAAUCCAGCGACGUUCUUUCGACGCUUGGAACUACAAGACCCUUAUUCUCCUCUUACCUCCGUAUCCGCUCUCUCGCAAGAUCUCCCUCAAACCCUGAGCUUCAACAAGCGCGCUCCGAGCUUGAGACAACACUCACAGACUUAACUGCCGACCUAGACGAUCUAGUCGAGAGUGUCCGAGCUGUCGAGCAAGACCCAUACCGCUUCGGCCUCGAAAUCGAAGAAGUUCAGCGGCGACGCAAGCUUGUCGAUGAUGUUGGCAAGGAAAUCGAGGAGAUGAGAGGGGAGUUGAUGAAGGUUAUUACGGAUUCCGAUCAUGCCGAGGCUAAAGCUACAAGAAGCACUGGGCUCCCAAAUCCAGCAGACUUUGACGAUCAUGGUCUUGAUGGUGAUGACCAAGGAGAAGACUAUUAUGCAGCUAUGGAGCAGCAGCGGCAAAUGGAGCUCAUGCAUGAGCAGGAUGAGCAGCUGGAUGGGGUAUUUCGAACGGUGGGGAACCUGAGGCAGCAGGCGGAUGAUAUGGGGAGGGAGUUGGAAGAGCAGGCAAUUAUGAUCGGAGAGAUUGAUACGCUAGCUGAUCGAGUGGGAGGGAAGUUACAGAAUGGAAUGUCGAGGUUGAAGCAUAUAAUCAGGAAGAAUGAAGUCUGCUAA